CAGGUCCCGGCGCUCGCUUUCCAGGGGCUUUGCAGAAGCACCCUUCGCUUCGCGUCCUUGAGUCCGUGGCAGAGACGGCCACCCUCGUCCCGUCAGCCUCCCCCUGCCCUGGAAGAUGGUGAAGUACGGCCUGGACUACACGCGGUGCAGAUGGAUCCUGCCCCUGCUCCUGGGCAUAGGCGUCAUCUUUGGUAUCAUUGCGCUGGCGGGCAGGGGCUGGCUGGAGUCGCAGACCUUGCCCUACAUGCACCAAGCGUCGUUAUGGGAGAGCUGCAAGAGGUCUGAGCAGGGUGGGGAAUGGACCUGCGAGUCCCUCAUGGGUUACGCUUGGGGAAGAGCUGCUGCUGCCACAUACCUGGUCGGCUUUAUACUUCUAGUCAUCUGUUUUGCUCUGGCCAUCAUAGCAUUUGCCAUUGACACGCUUCGGUUCAAUUUCAUACGAGGGAUUGGAGGCUUGCUUUUUGUCGCUGCUGUGUUCUCCAUCAUGGGCCUGGUCAUUUAUCCAGUAAAGUUCUCAACUGAAAUUGACAUGACAGGGAUCAAUAUGUUCAGCUGGGCCUACGGCUUUGGCUGGACCACCGCCAUUAUGGAAAUAUGCUUGGGAUUCUUCUUCUGCUGCCUUCCUAACUAUGAAGAUCAGAUCUUGGGUAAUGUGAAGCCCACAUAUUUUUACUCUUCCCCGUAAGCACCAGGAAAAAUGCGUUCGUAUUCCAGAGAUAUCUGACAGACUAGCUACGUUUUCCAGAAUAUCGUCAUCAGAUGUUGGUAGAAAAGGCUGGAAACUUUUCAAAUGUGUGUAGAAAAAUGGUACUGGCAUUCUGCAAUAAAGUUAUCAUCUACUCUAUUUUG